AUGUCCAAGUCACCGUUGGACCAGGACACUUCCACGUCCACGUCCACGUCCAUGUCCAAGGCUCAAGAGUCUAAUGGCGGUCAAGUGAGUGCUCCCGCUUCGGCUGUAGCAACACAAUCAGAAUGGGCUCAGUCCUACUUCACAGCACUCCAUCGGGAACUAGUCUUCAUCUGGCCACAGUCUAGCGACAUAUCACUGCUUCACACGGGCGAGCAGCAGGCAGCGGCUCUAGAAGCGAGUUUAACAAGCCUAGAGAGCAGACUCGAUGCCUUGCUAGCAUCAAUCGAAGACAAUGCUACCUCAUCAAUUUCAAAUCAAGAGAAGACAUCCGAGCCUAGGCCAGGAACCUGA